AAGCCGACGCCCAUCCAUAGAACGGAGAGUCCGGGUGGGCGCAAUCUCUGAAACCUCUCCACUGCCACGCACCACGUUCCCGUUUCGCCUCACCUACGGCUUCCAGACCCAUACCGGACGGGGGCUCAUAGACUCAGGAGCUGAAGGGAAUGUCCUGGACAGAGCCACCGCCCAGAAGUGGGGUAUUCCCACAGUCCCUCUGCAUCCGCCUGUCUUCGCUGUGACGCUAACGGGAACUGCCCUCUCCACCGUCACUCACACCACUCCUCACGUAAGCUUUUUCUUGUCGGGUAAUAAUUGUGAGAAGAUUAGGUUGUACAUCCUCGAUUCCCCCACCACGCCUCUGGUUUUAGGGCAUCCGUGGUUGUCACAACAUAAUCCUGACAUUGAUUGGGUAAACACAGCUAUUUUGUCUUGGUCUCCUGCUUGUUAUGUGUCUUGUCUUGGUCCUGCUCCCUCGCCUGUUUCUGUGUCUCCUGUGUUCCAGGUGGAAGCCGCUGAUCUGACCGGGGUUCCGGAGGAAUACCACGAUCUACAGACCGUGUUCAGCAAGUCUCGCGCGAUGUCCCUGCCUCCUCAUCGUCCCUACGACUGCGCCAUCGACCUCCUCCCAAGCACUUCUCCGCCCAAGGGUCGGUUGUUUUCCCUUUCGAGUCCUGAGAGAGAGGCCAUGGACAAGUACAUUCGUGAAGCAUUAAACGCUGGGCUAAUUCGUCCCUCCUCCUCGCCAGUGGGUGCGGGUUUCUUUUUCGUACAGAAGAAGGACGGCUCCUUACGCCCUUGUAUUGACUAUCGUGGGUUGAACGACAUCACGGUAAAGAAUAAAUACCCUCUACCUUUAAUGUCGUCUGCUUUCGAACUCUUACAGGGAGCCCGGGUCUUUACUAAGCUAGACCUCCGCAAUGCCUAUCACCUAGUCCGGAUCCGCGAGGGAGACGAGUGGAAGACGGCAUUCAACACCCCUUCGGGACACUAUGAGUAUUUGGUUCUUCCGUUUGGCCUGACCAAUGCUCCUGCCGUCUUCCAGGGCCUCGUCAACGAUGUGCUGGGGGACAUGAUUAAUCGUUUUGUCUUCGUGUACCUUGAUGAUAUCCUUAUUUUUUCCCACUCUCUUCAGGAACACACCCAGCACGUCAGAGGGGUCCUCCAGCGUCUUCUGGAGAAUCAAUUGUUCGUCAAAGCGGAGAAGUGCGAGUUCCACUGCGAUACUAUUUCGUUCCUUGGUCACGUGAUUUCGCCACGAGGUAUUGAACCUGACGAUGCUAAGAUCAAGGCUGUCGCCACAUGGCCUGUCCCCGACUCUCGCAAGGCCCUCCAGCAGUUCCUGGGGUUCGCUAACUUCUACAGGCGUUUCAUCCGGGGUUUCGGCCUAGUUGCCGCACUGCUGACCGUAUUGACCUCCACCAAGGUUCCCUUCUUCUGGAAUUCCCUUGCUCAGGUUUUAUGGAGAAUGCCAACGGUGAGAAGAUUUCGUCCCCCCAGUCCUAAAGCUGCUUACCCAAAUGCAUCAUCCAGAAUAUCAGCGAUUGACAUGGGAAUCAGUCAGGAGGAGUGGGAUAGACUACAGAAGGCUCUUGACUGGCCUAGUCCAGAUCAUGAAAUCACUGAGCUGGGUCUCAGCACAAGUCCAGUCCACACAACAUUCUCUAUUGUGAGACUCAAUGACACUUACAAAGUAGGCGAUAAGAUCAGUGUUACCAUCACAGCCAGAGAUCACAACAAGAACUUGAAAACAUAUGGAGGUGACUUUUUCCAAGUAAAGCUAUUCAAUUUAAACUUAAAGGCAAGUGUUUAUGGAGAAGUUAUUGAUCAUCAUAAUGGGACAUAUACUUUUGAUCUUCUGUUACCCUGGGAAGGACAAGCACAAGUGUCUGCACGUCUGAUGUACUCUAGUGAACUAGUGCAGAGUCUUAAAAAGUACUGGGAGACUUCAUUCCCACGCAGCCACUAUAUCGGUUACUUUGAAGGACCGGGGCCCAAUGGAGUCAAGAUAAGUGAAAAAGUGGAAUGUAAUCUUAAAUGGGGCUCUCGUGGAAAUUGGAGUAAAGGCAACUGCUGCUGUGAGUAUAAGGAUGUGAAAACAGAGACAGUGUGGCAGUGUGACAGACCAAAAGAACUUUCCUGUGACUACUGGGUGUAUCAUGAAAACGGAGCGGUUGAAGAUCAGCUAACUCCUUUUGAGAAGCAACUUUGUUCAAGAAAAUUAACAAAUGUUGGUAUUGCUGGAGACUCACACAUCAUAAGUGUACUUCCCAACACUGCAGGCAUUGCUACAACCGAGAGAUGCAGACCAGGUCUGACCACACCAGUUCCUGCAGGAUUCUAUUUUCAAGAUGUCUGGAAGUCUUUUGUAUGUAACACUCAAAGGUUCAGUCCUCCACAAAUGGCAGGUUGUCUUAAAAACAAGAUUCUGUACAUGUUGGGAGACUCUACCACAAGACAGUGGUUUGAGUUUUUUGAAAGCAGUGUGCCAGGUCUGAAAAGACUGGAUAUUCACACUAGUUUCAACACUGGACCCCUAAUGGCUGUGGAGUUGACAAAUAAUAUCAUAAUUCACUGGAGGACACAUGGAUUUCCUUUGCGAUUUCAUAAAAUGCCAGCCGCUGACCUGCAUUAUAUCAGCAAUGAAAUUGAUUAUAUAACCGGUGGCCGUCAUAUAGUUGUUGUGUUCACAAUAGCUGCCCACAUGGCUUUUCAUCCACUGACGUUUUUUGUGCAUAAAUUGAGCAAAAUUCGUCAAGCGCUGGUUCGACUACUGAAGCGUGCACCAGAGACUACUGUCAUCAUCAAGUCUGGAAACACUGGGAUCUCAGUGAAUGAUUAUGGACACGAAUGGUACAGGAUGCAGAUAAACAAAGCGUUGAGCGAGAUGUUAAGUGAUAUUGAUGGAGUGAUCUACAUGGACGUCUGGCAGAUGACUUCGUGUCACUACACACAUGAGGCCAUUCAUCCUGCCGCUGUUAUCGUCGGCAAUGAGAUUGAUAUGCUGCUGUCUUAUGUCUGCCCAUCCUGACAAAGAGUGCAAAGUGAAUGUUUGAUUUACAUGUAUUACCUAAAACAUCACGGUCAGGGGGCUGUGAUGGAAAAAAACACAGCCCUUAAGCCAUGUGGAGAAUUUCUUUAUAUGGUAAGAAUGGCUCCGAACUGACAUCUACACCGAUGUACUUGACCAUGAGUAUUGAUGCCUUUUAACACAAAUCCACUUUGAUGUUUAACUUUUUGUCUGGUUUAGAAUUUCUUCAUUAUGUACAGUAUGUACACCUGUACAUUCUGUCGGAUUUCUUGUUUUCUUUACAACUCCAUGUGACACAUUGACCCAUGCUGUUUGUCAUGAAUAUUCAAUGAAAAACAGCUACUGCAAGUAAUCCUAAUGUUAAAAAGUAACAACAUUUUCAAUUCAUUUAAAUAUAGAACAUCAUUUAUUUUACCACAGAUUGGCAUUUUUGCAUUUGCAGCAAUGGAAAAAAAUAAGAGACCAUUUAAACUGCAGUGUUUGAAUUUUUUCUGAAUUUGAAUAAAAUGAUCAUUUUUUUAUUCUUACAAAUUCCUCCCAAAUUACAAAAAAUACUUGUUAUUUGCACUUUUUGCAGAAAGUUGGAACGGGACAAAAAAGAUGCAAUGUUUGCAGAUGAACCGUUGAUAUUGUAUUAUGAAUACUUAUGAGUUAUUGAAUGGUCAUAUUUAUAUUCAAACAAUAAGAAAAA